CUUGACUGUUGGGAGAGUAGUGUGGCAGUUGCUGGCCAGUGACUGUAGUCGACGUAGCUAUGUAUCACAGACUGUCACGCAUAUCAAUACAAUAGGAACAGCGUAAAGCCAGCAGGGUGGCUCAGAACAAAGUGGAGGCUUUCCACAACGGCAACUACAGAGAGAAACCGCGUUUAGCCAAAUGAACCUCAGUGAAUUAUUCCACAAUCUCAUUAGAAAAUGGGAUGGGUGGAGCCGGAUCACUGAGGGGUGGUGGCGGUGAUGGGGAUUAACGCUUUAUCUACACAAUAUGCACAUUAGACUCAUUUGUUCUUCUUGCUGCUCUGUAUAUAAAAAAGUGUAGAAAAUUAAACUAAUAUGUAUAAAAAAUGUCAAACAAAUCGCCCUGUUCGCUUUGCACGCGGACAGCUGCCAUAGUUUUUGUUGACCCCGUUGCCGUGGUUACAACGUCAACUCGAGAGACGUGCCUAAAAGUUAUUUGGUAGUUUUAACCUAUAAAGGCGUUUGCUGUGAGAGGAUACUGAGCCAUGUUCACACUGUUAGGAGUGUGUGUACUGAAAUAGCAGAAAAAAAAAAAAAAAUCCCCAAAAGACACUCGUACAUUUUGAGUACACCAGUGAAGCAUCUCGGCGUCCCUUGUGCAAUGACUUCCCCAGAGAAGGAGGCUGAGCUUCCUGGUGCGCAGCUUAGCUUUGUCUUUGGAAGCAGUGUUAUCAAACCUCCGAUCCCCCGCACUCCUCCGGAGGAUGCCGAGCCGCAGGAGCCUGCUGAAUCCUAUUCAGCAGAGACGUUGUGUCUGAGCAGAUCUCAGCUGAAACAUGUUCCAGACAGUCUUUUGAGAAAUAGCACGUUAAAGUAUCUGACCCUCGAAGGCAACCAGAUAACCAGUAUUCCAGGUUCAAUGUUCAUCAGCUUGCCCAACCUAAUGUGGCUGGACCUCAGGAAAAACCUAAUUGAGUCAAUCCCUGCUGAAAUUGGCUCACACAGGUCUCUGAAAACACUGCUCCUAGAAGGGAAUCCUAUCUCAGAACUACCAGCAGAACUGGGAAAUGUGAUUACCCUCAAAGGUCUGAACCUGAGAGACUGCCCAAUCCACUUUCCACCACAAGACGUUGUGCAGCAGGGUCUCCUGUCCAUCCUCCAGUACCUGAGGAGUGCUCUGGCCCAGCGACCAGUCAGCGCAAGGAAGACCCCUCCAGAGUUGCCAGAGGUGGAGAAACUCCAGCUGUCAGAGCUGAGGGGGUCCAGUGUGGAGGAGCAGGAUGAGUCAGGGGAUGUGGACGAGCUGCAGAGGUUCAAGGAACUCAAACAUCAGUUGAUCCUAUUGGAGAGUGCUGAGCUGGGCUCAGUAGCACAAUAUGAUAAAAACCCAAGAAAAAAGACAACUACCAAGGCAGGCAUUAUUCCCCAGCUCCCCCUGCUUGACUCUGCUCACUGGAACAGGCCAGAAGAAAGGAGACAGGCUGCGAUGAAGGAGCUGAAUGAGAAGAAGGCUAUUCUCGAGCAAAAGAGAAAAAGCCAAGAGGCUCUUCAGAAGUGGCGCACGCAAGCCAGAAUCACACAGGAGAAGAAAAUGUCCGAGCACAAACAGAAGAAGCACCAAAGACAAAGGAGGCGGGAGAAAGCAGAAGUAGAUUCAAAACCUGGUUUAGGGGACAGUGGCGGUGCUCCUUGGACGUUUGGCGAGUGUGAAGGGGACAGAUCGGCUCGGGAGCUGGAGCGGCAGAUCCAUGCCCGUGUUGAGAAGAUACAGGAGAGGUGCAGGAAUCCCAGGGGCACAGCGAGCGAGCAGAUGGCAGCAGCGGCGGAGGAUGUGGAAGAGAUGAGGAAGUUACAGAUGCGGCUUCUAAGGAGGAAGAGAACUCAAGGACAAGAUCUUGAAAAAGCUUUCAUACUCUUCACUGGGGACACCUGGCCUAGUUUCAGUGAUAAGUGACAGAGAUUACACACCUGCUGUAUGAAUUUUGUGAUAUUAAAGUCAUACAGAAAUAAAUGA